AUGGAGGAUUUGCACAAAAAAACAUCUGCCAAAAAUUAUAAAGUGACAAGCUGCAAUUUUAAAAUUAUUUGCAAAUGUUUAAUUUUGUCAGUUUUACAUUAUGUAAAGCUACUAGUAAAUUCUAAAUAUAUUUUUUACAUAAUAUCUUUAAACUACAAUACAGUAAAAUGA